AUGAUGUUCCUCUCGCGUUGGGUUCGCAGCCCACGCCUCUUCGAAAUUGAUUUUGCGCCCAAUCAUGACCUCUGCGCCCGCCUCAGUGAGUUCUUAUCGGAGGUGACGACCUGCCACCUGCUACAUACUGCUCGAGCCAUCGAGCAGUGGAUAAGUCAUGCUGACUUCUCCCUGUAC